AUGGGAGAAAAACCCUAUAGAUGUGUUGAGUGUGAGAAAAGCUUCAGUCGGAGCUCCCACCUUAUUUCACAUAAAAGAAAGCACAUGGGAGAUAGACCCUAUGGAUGCCCUGACUGUGGGAAACGCUUCUCUCAUAGCACUACCAUCAUUAACCAUCAGAGAACCCACACAGGAGAGAAGCCCUACAAAUGUUUUGAGUGUGGGAUGAGCUUUGCUCGGCACUCACAACUUGUUAUGCAUCAGAGAAUCCACACAGGAGAAAAACCGUAUAAAUGCCUAACCUGUGGGAAAAGGUUCCGAUGGAGCUCGACCCUUAUCACACAUCAGAGAAAACACACAGGAGAGAAACCUUAUAAAUGCCCGGAGUGCAGGAAAAGCUUCAGUAACAGCUCAAACUUUAGUAAACAUCAGAGGAUACAUGCUGGUGAAAAGCCCUUCAAAUGCUGUGAUUGUGGGAAAAGCUUCAAUCAGAGCUCAGACCUUACAGUACCUCAGAGAUUGCACACGGGAGAGAGACCCUAUCUAUGCCUGAACUGUGGGAAAAGCUUCCAAUACAGUUCAGCCCUUAUUACAAUUCAGAGAAAACGUACAGGAGAGAAACCUUAUAAAUGUCCCAAAUGCAGGAAAAGCUAUAGUGACAGGUCAGCCUUUAAUAGACAUCAGAGGAUACACACUGGAAAGAAACCUUUCAAAUGCGCUGGUUGUGGGAAAAGCUUCAGUCAGAGCUCAGACCUUAUUGCACAUCAGAGAAUACACACGGGGGAGAGACCCUAUAAAUGCAUGAAAUGUGGGAAAAGAUUCCGAUAUAGCUCAGGCCUCACUAAACAUCAGAGAAUCCACACCAGUGAGACACCCUACACAUGCGGUGACUGUAGAAAAAGUUUCCGGUGCAGAUCACAACUUACUAGACACCAGAGAACCCAUACAGGAGAGAGACCCUACACGUGCCUGGACUGUGGGAAAAGAUUCAAACAGAGCUCAGCCCUAAUUACACAUCGUACAGUCCACGAACGAAAGAAGACCUAUAACUGCCUUGACUGUGGGAAGAGCUUCAGUCGGAGCUCAACCCUUAUUCAGCAUCAAAGAAUCCACACAGGAGAGAAACCUUAUGAAUGCAGUGAGUGUGGGAAAAGCUUCCGUGUGAGCUCAAAUCUUCUAUCACAUCAGAGAACCCACACGGGGGAGAAACCCUAUGAAUGCCCUACUUGCGGGAAAAGCUUCAUUCAGAGCUCAAACCUUCUAUCACAUCAGAGAACCCAUACAGGAGAGAGACCCUACCAAUGCAAUGAGUGUGGGAAAAGCUUCAGUCAAAGUUCGUCGCUUAUUAAGCAUCAGAGAAUUCACACAGGAGAGAAACCCUAUAGCUGCCCGGACUGUGGGAAAAGCUUCAGUUACAGUGUAGAACUCAAUGAUCAUCAGAGAACCCAUACAGGGGAGAGACCCUACAAAUGCAAUGAGUGUGGGAAAAGCUUUAGUUGCCUCUCACACCUUCGAUCACAUCAUACAACCCACACAGGAGAGAAACCGUAUAACUGCCCUGAAUGUGGGAACAGCUUCACUCGCAGGUCAACCCUUACUACUCACCAGAGGAUCCACACAGGGGAGAAACCCUUUAAGUGCUCCGAAUGUGGAAAAAGCUUCCGUGCAAGCUCAGCCCUUUCUGAACAUCAAAGAAUCCACAGUGGAGAGAGACCCUACAAGUGUCUUCACUGUGGGAAAAGUUUCUAUAACAACUCAGCCCUUUCUAAUCACCAGAGAUCUCACACAGGUGAGAGACCUUACACAUGCAAUGAGUGUGGGAAAAGCUUUAGAAGCAGCUCACACCUUCUGUCACAUAAGAGACUCCACAGUGGUGAGAAACCCUAUAAGUGCACUGACUGUGGGAAAGACUUCCGGCACAGCUCAAACCUCAUUCAACACCAGACAAGUCACAAGGAAAAGAAGCCCUAUAAAUGCUUGGACUGUGGGAAAAGUUUCCAUUAUCCCUCAGUCCUUAUUAACCACAAGAUAAUCCACACUGGAGACAGACUUUAUAAAUGCCUUGAGUGUGGGAAAAGCUACAGUCAGCGCUCAGCCCUUAUUACCCAUGGGAGAAUCCAUACGGGGGAGAGACCCUAUAAAUGCUUGGACUGUGGGAAAAAUUUCAGUGUGAGCUCACAUCUUAUUACCCAUCGGAGGGUACACACAGGAGAGAGACCGUAUAAAUGCCUUGAGUGUGGGAAAAGCUUCAGUCGGAGCUCACAUCUUAUUACACAUCAGAGACUGCACACGGGAGAGAGACCAUAUAAAUGCUUGGACUGUGGGAAAAGCUUCAGUCAGCAGUCAGUCCUUAUUAACCAUGGGAGAAUCCACACUGGGGAGAGACCCUAUAAAUGCUUGGACUGUGGGAAGAGCUUCAGUCAGAGCUCACAUCUUAUUACUCAUCAGAGAGUGCACACGGGAGAGAGACCGUAUAAAUGCUUUGAGUGUGGGAAAAGCUUCAAUCAUAGCUCCCAUCUUAUUAAACAUCGGAGAGUGCACACGGGAGAGAGACCAUAUAAAUGCCUUGAAUGUCAGAAAAGCUUCAGUGACAAAUCAAAACUCAUUACACAUCAGAGAAUCCACACGGGAGAGAAACCGCAUAAAUGCUUGGAUGAUGGGAAACGUUUCAUUCAAAGAUCAAACCUUGCUUCACAUCAGACAAACCACACAAUGGAGAGAACCCAUAAAUGCUUGGAUUGUGGGAAAAGCUUCAAUAACUACAGGAAAAGAUACAGUCUGAGCUCACCCAUGACUCCUCAUCAGGCAAUUCACACAAGAAAGAGCUUAAAUGUGGGGGAAUCUUCAUUUGUUGCUUGCGUGGCAUUAAGCAUCAGCAAAUCCACACAGGGAAGAGCCUCUCACAUGUCCUUAGCAUGGAAAAUGCUUCAAUUGGUGCUAAUACCACAUUGGACAUCAGAGACUCCUCCACAGAGGAGAGAAAUUUUCUGUACCCUGACUAGGGCUAGCCAUAGUAAAAACUCCAUUUCCUAAUUCACACACACAGCAGUGGCAUUUGGCUCCCAGGUAUCCAUCUGCCCAACUCUGGGGACAGGUUCCAGUAGCAGCUGACCCUGAGUUGAUCAGUGACUGAGUAGAUCAGGCUUUGCUUGGUCUAAGCUGACCCCAGGCAAAGGUGGAGAAGUCCCGAUCAGUCCCUCCUCCCUGCUGCAGCCCUGGCUGCUGAACUGAUGGGCCUUCCUGCCUCCUGCUAACCUGCUGCGGGAUGGGGAAGAGAAUUUCCUUCAGAAGCUCUCUCUGCCUGGAGUUCCACCCUCUCCAGUUCCUUCCCAGACAUGAUGCCCCUUCCAUGGAAAGGGAUACUUGGGCCAGGACCCACAUUUACUCUGGACACCUGUCCCCAUCUUCCAGCUGCCCCUGGGCUAGGUUCCCCCACUUACCCGGAGCUGGUCCAUGCAGGGCGAGUGUUUCUGGGGCUGGCAAAUUGUUCAUUCCCUAAAUCCUCUGAGGUGCUGUAUUACAGGGGAUCAAAUGUGAAGGGACCAGGAGGGAUGGGUUAUGGGGUGGAAACUGGGGGAUUGAACGGUUGGGUCUGGUGGAUGUGGGAUGCAGAGGGUGCUGGGGAAAUCAAGUUUUAGGGAUCAUGGGAUAAGAGAGGAGAGUACAGGGAAGAGAGGUACUGCCUCUUAUCACUCACCCCGUCUGCCCCUUUUCCCUGCCCCCUCUGCAUUCAGAAAGCACCACUAAGAGGGACUGAUUUCCACACAGUCUUUUGUGGGAGGUGUAAAGGCCCCGGGAUCCCACCUCUGCCUGCACAGCAUCAGCUUCCAAGGGUCUGUCUGUGGUGGGAAAAGUGGUUGGGAUUAGCUAGCAAAUCUCCCCUGACCCUCCCCCACUUUUCCUAGUCUAGACUGACCCCAACCAUCUUAUAUAUUCUGAUUCCCCCCAUUAGCAGAGUGAUUGUUAGAGUCACUGAGUUCCCCCUUUGGGGAGAGAUUGUCUCAUUCCCACAUAGUCUCACAUUGCUCCAGGUUAUGC